UUCAAUGGUGUAGCUGCACUGCUGGCUUUUCAGUGACUUGGAAAUGAGAUUGCACUGUUCCACUUUUCUACCGGCUAAGCAGCAUUAGUGUUGGAAUAUAUUUGCUUCGAGCCAACAGGUGAAACUUGAAUCCUGAUAGCUGGCCAAAUAUAAACCAGUGUGAUGUUGAAAUGAGAUGAGGCUCCGAAAUGGAACUGUGGCCACCGCGUUAAUUUUCAUCACCUCUUUCCUCAGUUUGUCUUGGUACACGGCGUGGCAGAAUGGGAAAGAAAGGCUAAUUGCUUAUCAAAGGGAAUUUCACGCUUUGAAGGAACGUCUUCGCAUAGCUGAGCACAGAACCCUCCAGCGCUCCUCUGAAUUAAAUGCCAUCCUGGAGCAGUUCAGACGCGCGGUGGCAGAAACAAAUGGAAGUAAGGAUGCACUGAGCAGCGUUUCAGAUGAAACAUUAAAAUUGUUGAAGGAGCUAACAAGCAGAAAAUCUCUUCAAGUGCCAAAUAUAUAUUACCACUUGCCUCAUUUGCUGAAAAAUGAAGGAAGCCUUCGGCCUUCUGUGCAGAUCGGCCUUGGAAGAACAGGAGUUUCUAUAGUAAUGGGCAUUCCUACAGUAAAGAGAAAAGUAAAAUCUUACCUUACUGAAACUCUUCACUCACUGAUUGAUAAAUUGUCACCGGAAGAGAAACUAGACUGUGUUAUGGUCGUCUUCAUAGGAGAGACAGAACUUGAUUACGUAAAUGGCGUUGUCGCAAGUCUAGAAAAGGAAUUUUCUGCUGAAAUAAAUUCUGGCUUAGUGGAAGUAAUAGCCCCACCUGCAUCAUACUAUCCUGACCUGACAAACUUAAAAGAGACAUUUGGAGACUCAAAAGAGAGAGUCAGAUGGCGGACAAAGCAAAAUCUGGAUUAUUGUUUUCUUAUGAUGUAUGCACAGAAAAAAGGUGUUUACUACAUUCAGCUUGAGGAUGACAUCGUUGUCAAGCAGAAUUACUUCAGCACAAUAAAAAAUUUUGCGCUUCAGUUGUCUUCUGAAGACUGGAUGAUUCUUGAGUUUUCUCAGCUGGGAUUCAUUGGUAAAAUGUUCCAGUCUCCAGAUAUUACUCUCAUUGUAGAGUUCAUAUUUAUGUUUUAUAAGGAAAAGCCUAUCGACUGGCUCUUGGAUCAUAUUCUUUGGGUGAAAGUUUGCCACCCCGAGAAAGAUGCAAAACAUUGUGAUCGGCAGAAAUCAAACCUAAGAAUACGGUUCAGGCCUUCUCUUUUCCAGCAUGUUGGCCUGCAUUCCUCUCUAGCGGGGAAGAUUCAGAAGCUCACAGAUAAAGAUUUCUUGAAACCAUUGCUGCAUAAAAUCCAUGUGAAUCCACCCGCUGAGGUUUCAACGACUUUAAAGGUCUAUCAGGGGCAUGCACUUGAAAAGGCCUACAUGGGUGAAGACUUCUUCUGGGCUGUCACACCAGUUGCUGGGGACUACAUCCUGUUUAAAUUUGACAAGCCUGUCAAUAUAGAAAGAUACCUGUUCCACAGUGGUAACCCAGAACAUCCAGGGGAUAUAUUAGUUAAUACAUCAGUAGAAGUUUUGCCUUUCAAGAGUGAAGAUUUGGUAUUAAGCAAAGAAACCAAAGAGAAACAAUUAGAAGAUGGGUAUUUCAGAAUAGGCAAAUUUGAAAAUGGUAUAGCAGAAGGAACAGUUGAUCCCAGUCUAAAUCCUAUUGCAGCUGUCCGACUUGUGGUAAUACAGAAUUCUUCUGUCUGGGCAAUUCUAAAUGAGGUUCAUAUUAAAAAGCUCCCCAAUUGAUCAGUCAAGAGGAAAGAAGAAGAAGAAGAAAGAUUGGUCUUUUUGUAAACUUUUCUAUUAAAUCUUCAAAUCACAGAGUGAAGACACUGCUCGUGCACCUUAUUUCCAACUCUUCUGUCUCACUGAAACUCUACCUCCUGUGAAGUCUACUGUAGAUGGAAAGACUAACCCAAUAAGGGUUAAUUACAGUCUUAAAACUGAUACUGUUCUGGUUGUAUUUAUCUAGAUUCGCAAUUUCCUCCAUCUGAACAUGACUUUGCUGCAUAAGGAUCAUAUUAAUCUCUUGAACCUAUCAGUGGUGAUAGGAUAUGCUACGUAAAAGUUGUACAUAUUGUUACAUUCCUUGAAGAUGAAAAACUGUUGUUAAAAUACAUUUAGUGAAGGGGGUACUUUUUGGAGGUUCAUUUAUUUUGCUAAAUGCAAACCCUCUUUUAUAGAUUAUCAGGGAUAUAUAUUCAAAAGCAUUAGGGAUAUUUAAUUUAUUAAAAUGAUUUGAAAAGUACAUAUUUUUAUGCAGGAAAUAACUUGAUGCCGUUUUUU